CCGAGGUCAUGCCUCAGUCAUGCCUCAGUAACGAGUACUUCGUUGUCAAAUCUUCAACUGAAGCAGACAGAGCAGUAGCUAUUCAGUUCAUUAUCUGGUACAAUGGCUUAUAAGCACUUAUCCCUCCUGGCUUUUCCUAUAUCUCUACUAAUCUCGACUGUACUAUGCCAAACUCCAAUUCCUAAGAAGCCGCUUGGCUUUGUGUUUAACAAUGGAAAGUCUAGUGCACCCGUUCAUCUGGAAAUCUACGCCGAUUUAACKUGUCCUGACUGUCAGCAAGCAUGGCCAACUAUCAAACAAGUCGCUGAAGUUUACGGCCCUGACAAGGUCCGUGUGGUAUUUCAAUCGUUCCCUCUACCAUACCACACCAACUCCUUUGUUGCAGCGCAGAGUGUUGCUGUUGCUGAAGGAGUCAAUGCCACUCUUGUGUUUCCAUGGAUCGAUGUUUUGUUCAAGAACCAAAACCAAUUGUACAACUUUCAAACAAUGGACAAGAAUAGAUUUGACAUCAACAAUAUCGUAGCUUCUUUGGCUCCUAAGGCAGAUAUAAGUCAAUCUGCGAUGAAAGACGGUCUUUCUGAAGCGAGCUAUGAAGGGCAAGCUCGUCUGUCGUGGAAACAUGGAUGUUCAAAAACUGUUGCAAGUACUCCAUCUUUCUUCAUCAACGAUGUGAUAGUGAAUGAAGCCGAUGCUUCAUGGACACUCGACCAAUGGAAGAAACUUAUCGACUCACUUUUGCAAAAAUAAGCACUUGUCAAACGACAACUGUAACAAUUUUGCUCAUGCGUAAUUUAAUAUAUCAAGUAUGUAUGCGCAUCGAUAAUGAUAGAUGUACUAUUUUUAAAUAAACAAUAAUCAUAUUCCAA